GUAUUUACAUAGGACUGGUACUCGAGCGAUGGUAGUCGAAUGUCCACAGAACUCUCUGGCUCGAGUGAUAGUCAGAGUGUUGAGCAUUUCUCUUGAAAUGACUAAGUUUAUCUUUGUAGCGUGAGCAGGACUAGCCUGUAGUGUUUACACGGACUGUAUGUUUGGUUGUGCUGAGAUCUGAGUUGGUACUUGUUCGUAUCAGGGCUCAAAUUAAUGUCCACAUCACUUACUUGUUAUCGUUUUAGUUUGUUUUACUGUGCGACUAUUGAUAAAACAGUUAACUAAAAAGAAAGUUAAUAGACAUUUAUUAAAGUCCCAUUCACGGAAGCCAUUAUAAAGUCUGGAAAUAUCAUAUCUUAUAUUACCGAGGAAGUUGCGACUAAGAAAAAAAUAAUUCAGCUAUCAAUAUUGACAACGAAUUAGAAGAAGGUAGUGUUUUGUUUGAAAAGCGUUGAUUUAAUUCAAACAAUCAACGAGGCUCAUGACCAUGUUAACUUCGAAAGGCUUCCAGGAUGUACCGUGUACAAUGAACUCCUUACAGUCGAUGAGCGGUAUUACCAACAGCUACAGUAUGACCAGUAUCAACACAGGCUCCAAUUUUACAAUGAGUUAUGCCCCACAGGGUUUUGGCUCAAACCUCAACUCUCCUUCAGCGAACAUGAUGACUGCUGGGGCUAUGGGUUCUAUGGGUCCUCCAACAGGAAUGGGAAUGGGUGGAGGCACAUCUUGUAUGACCCAAGUUCCUCAAGCUUAUCCCAUCAGCGGAAUGAAUUCGCUGGGUUUAGGAAUGAAUGGUAUGUCCACGCAGUCUUGCAUGGGUACGGUGACAGGACUAAAUUCUAUGAAUGGAUCCCUUGUUCCCGCAAGGGAUUUUCUUAUGUCUGGUCAUCCCGGGCCCUCUCCCACAGACACCGAUCAUGUUGCUAGCCCUCCCGGUGCCGCACUUCAAAGGUCCCGCACAGAUAAAGCUUACCGUCGUAGUUAUACACACGCUAAGCCUCCUUACUCCUACAUCUCCUUGAUCACGAUGGCUAUUCAGAACUGCCCCAGCAAGAUGUUGACUCUCAGCGAGAUCUAUCAGUUCAUCAUGGACUUGUUCCCAUACUACCGGCAGAAUCAACAGCGUUGGCAGAAUUCUAUUCGACACAGUUUAAGUUUCAACGACUGUUUCGUCAAGGUGGCACGAACACCAGAAAAGCCAGGCAAAGGGAGUUUCUGGACCUUACACCCAGACUCUGGAAACAUGUUUGAGAAUGGAUGUUACCUCAGGCGCCAAAAACGGUUUAAAUGCCAUAAGAAAGAAGCCAUUCGUCAAGCACAUAAAGCCCUCGAAAUACAGAAACAACAAAGUCCAGAGUCUAAACCUAGUGCUUCUCCACCGCCCUUGAAAUCAAUGGACAUUACUGGAAAGUCCGUUAACAACCUUUCUCCUCACCCAUCACAGCACUCUUGUCAACCACAUGUGACUCCUAAACCUCCACAGCUGACUCUUGCGCCCAGCUCAGACAACUACGAUGGCCAUGAUCGCUCCAUGCUGGACAAUGGUCAAAACUGUAAAGUAGAGACGUCUUGCUGCACUCCACAGGUCAACAUGAACUACUCCCAGUACGGUGGGUUGGAUCCCCACCAAUUUGGGUUGUUCUCCCGUGGCCUGAACGAAUCGGGUGCACCUCAUUCCGCCAUGCUAGCCUCUGGUCAAAUGAAAACUGACCCUCACUAUAAUCCUUCUAAUCACCCUUUCUCGAUUAAUAAUAUAAUUUCCAACGAGAACAAAGCGGACAUGAAACUUUACGAAAUGACUCAAUACCCAGGUUAUGCACCCAUGUCACCACUUUCCGCCGGACCUUCGCCCAGUGAAUCGAACAAUUAUUAUCACCACUCUCUCUAUUACGUUCACCCGUCAGCAGCCUCCAACAUAUGAGCACUGUUCUGGCCAGCGGACAGCUUUCUCCACUAACUCCGGUACUUGGGAAGGACGUUUCCGAGUCAACACGGACGUGUAUUUCUACAAUAGAGUUGAAGCCCAAGAGGCAUCUGCAGCCCUGCACCGAUGUUUGUCAUCGUAUAGCAUGAACUUUUAUGGCGUCUUGGUAGUGUGGGUGAGGACAUUUUUCAUUUACCUUGGUCACAACCUACCCCAUCGACCAUAUUGUUAAUCAUGAAACAAAUCAUGUACAUUUAAAUCAUUCUCAAUCGUGGUAUUUAAUCCGGACAAAAAAAAAAGAGUGUAAAAUGGUAGAUUUGUUAUGCACGUUGAUGUCCUAGAACACUAUAAAAGUAAAUUACAAAAGUAAUUUAAUUUGUUUGGAAGCUUCAAGCAUUUAUAUGAUCAGUUUCUUUUAUAUUUCUCUCCUUUUACUAAUAACAGUUUUUCUAUGAUUUUUUUUUACUUUGAUAUAUUUAAGUUACUGAUACUUACUGUCCUAGCGAUGUUAAUACUGUUUCAUUUUUGUCAACCUAAACAUUCCAAUGAUCGUUAUUUUCUGACAUGAAACGUUUUUCUACGUUCACAUUGUAUGUUACCGCCUGUUUUCGAAUGCCGUUUCCAUGGUAAUUAAUAAAUGUUAUCGAAAGGCAUUACUUUGGGAGUGUUUUAUGAAUAAAUAUGUAAAACAUAAUCAGAUGUUCUACUGUUAAAUCUUAUGUAUAAGACUUGACAAGUCAACUUUUUAAGUGAAUUUUGAUUUUAGGAAGAGCAAAUGGAACUCAUAAUCAACUAAUAAUGUCGAACUUUUACUGUAGUUGAAUGUGAAAAAUAUAUUUAAAAGUAAAAAUGUAUAGUUAAAAUCCUUUCAAAUAUAUUGCAUUGUGCAAAUGUGUCGGCUGAUCCUCUGUUGUUGUUUUUUCAGUAAAUAUUUUGAUCAAAAGUCAAUUAUUCAAGCCAGUUCUAAGUCUCACCUUUUGUGUUAUUCAUGACUUUUCUUAGUUCGACUGUAACAUUUUAGUUUGCCAUCUUGUUAUAGUUGAAAUAAAUAAAAAAAGAACGAAUUAAACGACGAAAUAAAAACUUAAUAUUCAGUUCAAAAUUUGGUUUAAUUUUACUUUUUGUUUCGUUUUAGUUAAAAUAUACUAUCACAGAAAUACUAAUAAUAUUACUGUUUUUUAUAUAAUUGUCAUCCAUCACAACUUUAUAGUUAAAACACUACGGAGCGGAACAGUUAUAGAUCGCUGAUUAGAUCACAUGAUAGGAAAAUGUGAACUAGAAACAUUAAUCACUAUGUUCUUUAUAUUUGUUACUAAUAUUCAGCUGUAAUAGCUCUUUCCAGACUUGAAUAAAACAGCUGAUGCGAGCUAAAAACUAUCCGACAUCUCGUGAUAAGAAUAAUAACGUGAUGAUUUUAUUUCUUAUUAGAACAUUCCUUCAGGGCAAUUCAAGAUUCUUUCGACAAGGACGAAAAUUAUUCGUUAGUGUGUAAUACGCGAAAAUAUUUUGAGUUUUGUCAUUAUGCGUUCUUGAGAGUGGAAUUUUUGAACGGCCAAUACGUAGAGAUUGCCAGCAAUGUAACAGGUUUUAUGCAUUUUCGAAAAAUAAAAUUUAAUACAACUUACCUACAGAAAAAUGA